AUGCUGUUCCAGAAUAGGGAAGGGCCUAUUCCGGCCUCAUGGGCCUGGAAGAAGAUCAUGCGUUUUGCCAUCAUCAUCGUCGCUGUCACGGGUUUCGCCGCCCUGCUCUGGCCAUCCUCCCCACCUCGCUACAAUGCGAUGCACGCCUACUCGAACGUGACUAUCUCCUCAAACGUCGAGUGCGACCUUGACCUCGAAAUGCUGCACCGUCUCGACGUACGAAAGCUGGUCGCUUAUACCCGCCGUGAGAUGAUUCUGGACUUCUCUGCGGAUCCGCUCCCCAUCCGUCAGGGCGUAAAGCAGCCGUUGCUGGACACAAAGUGGAAGCCUUCGGCCUCUGAGUCCGAGACUGGACAGUCGCAGGACGGCUGCACCGUCAGGACGCCCAUGCAGGUCCAGGUGGUCCAACCACCCAAGAUGGCGGUGGCUUCGCACAUCGACUUUGGAGUCGCUACUUCAAUUGGAAGAUUGAACGACUCGCUUGACCAGUUUGCUCAUUGGGCUGGGUAUACGCGCACUCGCAUAUUUGCUCUGAUCGAGCCCGAUGAGACCAAAGAAGGAGUCGCAUAUGUCAAGCACAAGGCGGAAAACCUGGGAAUCAACCUUUUUAUCACCGAAUCCGAGGAUGACUACCUGCAUCGCUACUUCGCGCUCAUUGCCCUUUUGGAGGAGCACAUGCGGGGGCAGACACAGUGGGCGUGCAUCAUCGACGACGACACGUUCUUCCCUUCCAUGUCCGCGCUGGUGGACGCCUUGGCUGAAUAUGACCACACCAAGCCGAUGUACAUUGGCGGUCUCUCAGAAGGCACCCCCCAGAUUGCAGUUUUCGGAAUCAUCGCUUUCGGAGGCGCUGGCGUCUUCCUUUCUCGACCCUUAUUAUCCGAUCUUGCAACCGUCUAUGAUGAAUGCGAACAGAUGACAUACACCGGCGACCGCCGGAUCGCCAAUUGCAUCUACCAGUACACUACAACUCGCAUGACAAUCGACCACCGCCUCCAUCAGCUGGACUUGAUGAAGGAUGCAUCCGGAUUUUUCGAGUCAGGCGAGAGCUCCCGCUCUCGCGUAAUCUCCGAGUUGUGCGGCGACACCUGUCUUUUGCGCCAAUGGCAAUUCUCCGAUGGCUAUCUACUAACCAAUGGGUUCUCCGUCGUGAAGUACGGAUUCCCGCCUGAGCCUGGUGACCUCUCCAUGGAAAUGACAUGGGAGCCGCACAACGGCGCGACAGAGGAAUCGUACCUCCACGAGCUAGGUCCUCUCCGCCGAAAGGACGAAAUGAAAGAAAGCUAUCUUCUCGAAGAUGCCAAGAUCCAGGAGAACGGUCACGUUAUCCAGUGGUAUAUCAAGCGGGACUCGAUCCUUGGCGACGAAAUCUUGGAAUUGACAUGGCGCAAGCAGUAA